GCAAAACCACACAUGUCCACAUUACAUCUAAAGUGAGUUAGGAGUUGAAUCUUAAUGAAUUUCCUGAACUAAAUCCGAAUAUGGCGUCAGAAUUGAGCAAAACUCAUUUUGUCGCAUAUUAAACAGAUGGGAAUAUACGAAAAGUCAUCCAAAACAACACUUGUCCAAACGCAAAAUUUCAUUCAAUAUUUCGAACAAAACUACUCAUGUCCUUGGAAAAACAUAUCGACUAAUUUAUUGACUACUACAAAACUGCACUUGUCCACAUAAUACAGUUUUCUGUAUUGCGCAUUUGCGAGUUGCUUUAUAUUUUUAUAUUCACUAAUAGAGGGUAGUCUUAGCCUAAUAUAACAGUAUUAAAUCCUGCCUUCCUAAACAUCUGAUUUCUCCGCGCGGAUUCUGUAUUACCUAACCUACAAAUUAUAAGUAGCAAGCAGUGAGUAGUGUUACUCUAAAUUUCUGGUUUGACUGUGAGAUAUUAUUGUUACGUUAAAUAAUUUAAAUCAUCAGUUUUAUUAUUAGAAUAUGGAUGUGUCUGUGGGGUUCAUUAACGUUGGUUCUAGAAAACGGCAAAGUAAUAGAUCAACACGCGACGAAGCCAGGUUUAGAAGGUAUGCGGAUAUAGAUCCCCAUAUGAAAAAAUUUAAACGUCCUUGUAUGCACAACAGCAAAAAGUUAAAUUGUUCUUCAGUUUCCUUAAAAGAGAUUAUGCUACAGAGAGAAAAAUUGUAUGGUUAUGUCAGUAAAAUAGACCAAGACCAGAAGUUGUGCCAUUUUAUGUCAGUAUGCCCCCGUCAAAGGCGACGUGGAAGGGUUAAUACCCAAGAAAGCAAUGCUAAACCUAAAAGCUUUCAUAUUUUUUAUUACUUUCAUACAAAAAAUAAGACUGUUACGGUAUGUAAAAAAUUUCUUAUGGCUGCUUUCAAUAUUUCUGCUGGUCCAAUACGCACAGUUGCAAAAUUCCUAGAAUCAGGACAAAUACCUAAAGAAAAGCGCGGUGGGGAUAGAGUAUCACGCAAAAGCGCUGAGAAAAGGGCCAAAGUUAAAGAAUUCAUAGCUUCAUUACCGGCAUCCGAAACGUAA